AUGAAGAGAGUAACAGUCAAUGCCCCGCGUCUCGAAGGGGAGAAUCGCGGCCAUGGGUAUGACUCGUGGAGAAAGUCGCUUAUCCAAGCGGCCAAGACUGUAGGACUGGACGGCCAAUUGAUCGGCAACAACGAGAGACAUGCACCUGUCGGCAACCCAGACGUGCCAAGCUCGGAGCUGUACCACCUCCAAUGCACCAGCGACGAGGUCCAGGGGGGCCUCCAAGCGUUUCAUUUUGUGACCACUGCCAUCGUCAGAGAAGCCGACAAGGCGAUCGUGAACAAAUGCGAGACCGUAAAAGAGAUCCUAGCGGAACUCGAAAACAUCUACAAUCAGGAAUGGCAGGGCUCGAAACAAGCCCUCAUGAAGAAAUUGUUCAACUUCAUGAUCCCCACACAUAGCAGCAGAAACCCCAUCGAGCACCUAUACUCGCUCGAGCUGCUGUACUCACGCCUACGCGAAAAAGGGCUCAAUGCUGAACAACCGUUCAUUCUCGCCCACUUCGUUGAUUCCCUCCCACCCGAGGACCAACAAGCGAAGUUCCUGUUGGAGACAGCAACGGCGCUGGAUAGGGCCGAGAUCAUCAGAUUCGUGAGCACGGUGCACGCGAGCCUUCUGGAGGGGAGGAAGGCCUCGAAGGGCCAAUGGAGGGCGGAGCAUGCUCACAUCGCGAGCAACGGAGUCGGGCGCGGGCGACGCUGGCGAUGGCGCCCCCUCGAGCAGGGAAGGCGCGAGCGUCGCCCCAUCUACCGCGUCGGCCGCAUGGCCGAUGUGGGCGGCGGCGAGGACGACCGCCGCAGCCGUGGUAGCGGCGGCAGCGGCAGCGACAGCGACAGCGACAGCGACAGCGACAGCGACAUCGACAUCGACAGCGACAGCGACAUCGACAUCGACAGCGACAGCGAGACGGAUCUCCCGGCGCUCCGUGGGCCAGAGGCCCGACGGCUCGCCCGCUUCGACAAGCCGGCGGAACUCACCAGCCGCCGCACGAGGGAGAACCCUCGCCGAAAUCCGAGGUACGAGUCGCCCCCGUCGCCGGCAAGUGCCGAAGCCCUGCUCGCCUCGGCGGUGAGCCUGCCCGUCAGCAGCACGGAGGAGUUUACCAGCUGGAUGCUCUCGGCGGUACUUCACGUGGCGGAUGGGCUAGAGGCAAGGGCGGUGCGAGAGUUGCUGUUCGAGCGCGCGGGGGAGGCCCACGCUGCGCGCCAAGAGGCGGAGGACUUCCUGCUGGGUGCGGUGGACCUCGUGCUCAAUUCCCCAGACGCCUUCGAGACGGCUCUUGCGUCCCACGAGCUAAGUGAAUCCCCCAUUGGCAAGCAGAGGGAUGGGANGGAGGAUUUCCUGCUGGGUACGGUGGACCUCAUGCUCAACUCGCCAGACGCCUUCGAGUCGGCUCUGGCGUCCCACGAGCUAAGUCAAUCCCCCAUUGGCAAGCGUCCGCAUGACGUAGAACCCCCCCCAUGA